CUUUCCUUUUCUUUCUCCUCCUCUUCCCUUCGUUGCCUCCUCCUCCGCCAUCUCCAUGAUCGGACCUCUUUGAGGGCCGGCUGAUGCCGCGUCCUUAGUCACCACCGCCCGCGCUUUCCCCGCCCCUCCCCUUUGAUCCCACGAAUACGAUCCCUUCUUCGUCCUCUGAUCCGAUCCCUCAAACCCUAAAUCCCCUCUCCGCGUCCUAUCUAGAUCGAUCUAUUGGGGUUCUUAAUCUUGAUUGAUGUUGGUGCGAUGUCGUCGAUCCUUCCCAAGAGCGAGACUGUCGAGAUUCGCGAGGUGUGGAGCGACAACCUGGAGGCGGAGUUUGCCCUGAUCCGCGAGAUCGUGGAUGAUUUCCCCUACGUCGCCAUGGACACGGAGUUCCCCGGCAUCGUGUGCCGACCCUUGGGAUGCUUCCGGACCAGUUCCGACUUUAACUAUGCCACCCUCAAGGCCAACGUCGACAUGCUUAAGCUGAUCCAGCUCGGCCUCACCUUCUCCGACGAGCUCGGCAACCUCCCCACCUGCGGCACCGACCGCGGCUGCGUAUGGCAAUUCAACUUCCGCGAAUUCGACAUGCAGUUGGACGUCUUCGCGACAGACUCCAUCGAGCUCCUCCGCCAGAGCGGCAUCGACUUCAAGAAGAACAACGACAAAGGGAUCGACGCCCACCGCUUCGGCGAGCUCCUCAUGUCGUCGGGUAUCGUGCUCAAUGACUCCAUCUACUGGGUCACCUUCCACAGCGGGUAUGACUUCGGCUACCUUCUUAAGGUGCUCACUUGCCAGAACCUCCCCGACACCCAGGCCGGCUUCUUCAAUCUCAUCAGGAUAUACUUCCCGACCGUGUACGACAUCAAGCAUCUCAUGAAGUUCUGCAACAGCCUCCAUGGGGGGCUCAACAAGCUCGCCGAGCUGCUUGAUGUUGAGAGGGUCGGGAUCUGCCACCAGGCUGGUUCCGACAGCCUGCUCACGUCGUGUGCUUUCAGGAAGUUGAAAGAAUCUUUCUUUAGUGGCUCUACUGAGAGAUAUGCAGGCGUGUUAUAUGGGCUGAGUGUUGAGAAUGGACAGACUGCUCAUUGAGCCAAGAAAAAGCAAGGAAAAUAAAAAGUGAAUUAUUAAAAAGGCUCCUCUGCUGGCAUACAGAAGCCUUGAUCUCUCAUAAUUACCUUA